AUGGAUGUACUUGAAUUACCUCGUCCUGUUAUUAAUUUUCUUCGAACAAUGGCUAAAGAAAGUUGUCGUUAUGUUUUAUCAUGGGAUAUAUUUGGUGGAACGGAUACAGUAACACUAACACUUACAUGGAAAUUAAAUGAUAAUGAAUCUCAAGUAUCAUUAUCAUCAAAAUUUCCACAACAACAACAAAUAUGUGAAGAUUUAUAUAUUCGUCAUAAUGAUUCGGUAUCAUUACUACGUCGUCGUUCACGUCGAGAGAAUAAUACUUCAACAUUAAAUAGAAUUCAUUCAUCGAGAGGUAUAAGUCUUGAAGGAAAUGAUUUCAUAUCAACUAAACCGAUACAUUCUCAUCAAAAACAAAUAUCAAGUUUAGAACGAAAACCAAUUACUUAUCAACAAAAAGAAGAAUCAGAACCAAUCUAUACUAAUCUAAAUAAUAUAAAAUACUCUACGAAUUCUUCACCAUGUUUUCAAUUGAAUAAAAAUCUACCUCCAUCUUUGACUCAUACACGUAAUCAUCAUCAUCAUCAUCGAACGAAAAAACAUGGUGAAAGUUCAAUACGUCGAAAAUCGAUACUAUCAACAUCAACUAUUAGUAAUACAUCUCUAGAAUCGAAAGGAACAAAUCAUAUUAAUAAUCAAACUGAUGAUGAUGAUGAUGAUAUAUUGGAUCCAUGGGUAAAACAUUUUGAAUGUUCAAUUGACGAUAAUACUAUUGAAAAAUCUGAAAGCAACCUUAUUAGAACAGGAAGUACUUCUGGAAAAGUUAAAUUCAAAAGAGAACCUGAUUAUAUUUAA